AUGACUUUUUAUCUUAAAUCUGCUCAAUUAAAUAAUUUAAUUGGUCCAGUAGUUAUUCAUAAUCUUAUUCCAUUCGACUAUAGUUUAAUAUUGAAACAAAAUGAAAAUAUUGCAUUAACUUCGAAUAUAAGGGAUACGGGUAUUACCGACUACACAGAAUUAUUAAUUAAGG